CCGUGGCAAAAAGAUCGCGCGCGCAAGUAGCCACGACCCCACGGCCGCGAGCGGGAAACGCGAAAUCCACUACAUUGCGGGUUGCCGCCUUCGUCCCAUUUUGUAGUCGAUACCAUCUCCCUCCGGCGCGGCAGUGUCAUCGGUUAAUCGAAACGCGCCGCGCGCCCGCCUUCGUUUCAAACGCGAAAUUUUCCGCCAUCCCCAAAAAAUUUCCCUUGCCUUUGCCUCCGCCCAACUAACAAAUCGCCUUCUAUUUUGCUUGCCUGCCUGCCGCCCAAACCAACCUUCCUCUCCCCCGGAAUCCCAGAAAUUUCCGCCCACACCAACCGGCACCUAUUCCGUGGGCGCGAAACCCUAAUCGGCGCCCGCCUCCAUCUCCAUGGCGGAGCAGGACGACGCCGCGGGGCAGAGCCCGCUCGACUCCGUUCCGAUCGACGAAACUUGUGAUGCUGAAGAUAUGCAUUCUCCUUUGUCCUUUUCUUACAGAAGUCAGCCUAAAUCUGUGGGAGCUGGUCUUAGCAAUAUGGGGAACACAUGCUUCCUGAACGCAACUCUUCAGUGCAUCACUCACACUGUACCGCUUUUUCUCAAGCUUCGCUCAACUGAUCAUUCCACCCCAUGCUCAUAUAAUAAGGAUGGGUUUUGUUCUUUCUGUGCCCUUAAAGAACAUGUUGAUGAAUCAAUUCAAAGGUCUGGAUCUGUUAUAGCACCAGCAAAGUUCAGAGAUAAUUUAAGAAAGUUAUCUUCGGAUUUUUGGCCAGGACAGCAAGAAGAUGCACAUGAAUUUCUACGUUGCUUGCUUGAUAACUUGCACAAGUGUACUCUUGAUCCCAUGUCAAAGGGCAAGGGCUCAUCCUUUGACGAAGAAAGUAUAGUCAACGAGAUUUUUGGAGGACAACUGAAAAGCCAUUUAUCUUGCUGCGAGUGUGGUCACAGCUCAGAGACGUUUGAGCCCUUCCUGGAUCUAAGCUUGGAGAUUGAUCAGGUUGAUCAUCUGGUAGAUGCUUUGCAAUCUUUUACCAAGGUAGAACAGAUUGGGGACUCUGAAAACAAGCUCACCUGCGAAAGUUGCAAUGCUCAAGUUUCUAAGAACAAGCAGCUUACACUUCAUAGAGCACCAGAUGUUAUUGCAUUUCAUCUCAAGCGUUUUACAACCCUUGACAAUUCUGUUGAAAAGAUUGACAAACAUGUGGUGUACCCUCUGGAGGUUGAUUUGAAGCCAUUUCAUAGCAAUCCAGACACAGUGGGGGGACUGAAAUAUGAUCUUUAUGGUGUUGUUGAGCAUUCUGGAUUACCCAACUAUGGCCAUUAUACCUGCACCAUUCGUUCUUCACCAAGCACAUGGUACUUCAUGAAUGACUCCAAAGUUGAUUCUUGUACUGAUUCAAGUGCAUUAAACCAGGAAGCAUAUAUUUUGUUCUAUGUUAGGCAGGGCAAAUUUCCAUGGUUCUCGAGUUUGCUAGAAGGCAAGGAUGCCCUGCAAGCUGAAAAUACCUGUGGCUCAUCUCCUGUGUCAGUUUUGGAAAAUAUAGAUGCAAACUGUUCAACGUCUUUUGCAGGAGGCAGUGGCAGUAGUUCUGGUGAUAAGUUAGAGAAAAAUGAAGCCAGCCAAUUAGAGGAGACGGAGAAAGAUGAAAUGGGUCGGUACAAACCAUCAUUCCUUCCUGAGGAGCCAUCUACGAGAAGUUCCCUUGGCGCUUCCAACAGCAAUAAUACAAUCGAUGAAAACAAUCCACCCAGGGCUUCUCUCCAAAAUGAUGUGGCUACAUGUCUCCGCUGUGUAGAAACUACCAAUCUGGAUAAGCCCUCUACCCCACCGCGCUCCAAACGACUUGCCUUUGAUAACGAGUUUAGUGUGUUUGAGUUUGAGGACUUUGGUGAGGAAGAUGAAACUUUAUUUCCAAAUUUGAAACUUACACCGAAGGCCAAGAAAGCUAAGGCUGCAUCUGCAUCUAAAGCUGAGAAGGGUCCUUGCAUUGAUCAGAACGCAGUACGUUUGAUGAGGGGCAUGACAUCGACACGAAGAAAAGGUUUAAUGGACUGCAUAGCACAGCAAACUGCAAAGCACGAGUCUAGCAGAUACCCUGCAAGUGACCCUCUGGACAAAAAGAAAAGAAAGCCGGUUCUUCAAUACUAUGUAAACGUGAAAAAUUGAUAAAAUGGUCUAGAAAAAAAAACCCGGUGAGCGUGGGUGGUGAAUACGCCGUGGAGGUGGCUCACGCUGAUGAGGGUAAGCCGGCAUGGAUUAAGGGCACAGCAAGCAUGUGGGUCAUAGGCGGAGCUACGUUAGGGCCGUCCUCGGCCCUUGGCCUUUGCUCUGCGUAACCACUAGAAGUCUGCAUGGCUGAAUGCUGCAAUUAACUUGCUCUCCACAGUCUGCGACCGAGAAUAUUUUAGGUAAUUUUAUAUUUGUGUCCCUAGUUUAGCACCACUCAGUUUUGUUCCUAGUUUAGCACCACUGCUCCGUUUUGUUUUUCGCUAGCAGUAGAAAUGUCUCAUCCAUUACUAUUUGAGAGUAAAAUUGUGUAGUGGUGCGGAACUAAAGCCUAAAGGUACAUAUUUAAAAACCCAAAUAUUUUAGCGCUCAUGUUAAA